AACUAAGUACAAUGUAAUUUCUAAAGGCUUAGGCAAAAUAAAGAUGUUUUUAUUAUUGAAGUGAGUUGGUGAACAAAAUGAAGGUUUUCAUCCUUUUCUUGUUCUUUGCACUAAGUGCAAAUGUUGAUGGUCAAACUGUAAGAAGGGCGACUUUGCUGGAGCACAGGUCGUACGUGCUAGAAGUGCUCGAGAAAACCGUUCAUGGUAUAGAGGAUUAUCAAUGGUGCAAUUUAAAGAUUCCGGAUAUGACCGAAGAAGUCAAAUACGAACUCUUCGGCCGCGAGCUCGCGGGCACCGUCACCUUCAAAAACGGCUACGUCUUAAAAGUCCAACACGUUGACGUCACUGAAGCUUCCAUCCAGCAGGUCUGGUCGUGGGCGACGGCAGCCCAAGUGGGCACGGUGGACGUGAGAGCCCUGCUAAGGCUACAUGACGUGGUCUACGGGUUUGAUGUGGAGGCAAAGCUUAAUGGGGAAACGUACGUGUUCACGUCGACCUUCACGCUUAGGCUGCUCAAUUUCAAUUUCUCGAUCCUGAAAAAUAUGGCUACAAAUGAGAUCACAGUAACUGUGGUUGGAGCUCAACCUGCGACUUUAGCCACCAACCUAAUGUCCUUUAUACCUCACACUGAUAUCAGCGAUUUGGUUGGAACUACGUUUGUCCCUGCGAGCACUCAACCCGUGGUUGUCUCCUGGGGGACGCACAUAAUCCAACCAAUCGUUGAUGACGUAGUAAGAAACCAAGUAAAGUUCCCUGAGGCAUGCUACAACUGUUAAAUUGAUGCAAUAAACAAUAACUAUUCUCAAAA